GAGAGGCAUCAGCACCUCUGGAAAUAUGAAAUCCAGAUGCUGGCCCUCGUACAACCACCAAGGCUGCGUGCUGUCGGUGUACAGCGCCAAGGAGGCGGCCUUCAUCUGUAAUUCCCAUCCUCAGUGCACUAGCUUCAGCCUGAAAAACCAGAGGAUGUGGACAGGCCGGCUCCUUGCCUCAUUCCGAAGCAGUUUCAGCUGUCUGGUUCCAGAUGUGAACUCGGAGGUGUAUUUGAAAAAGACCAACGCCUCACCGGGAACUACGGUAUAAGGAGUGAGACAACGGGAGUUGGGAAAAUGGAGGGAGGUUGUUUUUGAAGAAAAUAAAUUAAUGUGAUAUAUUUUAUAGGGCUUUUUCUCAGUGGCUCGUCUGAUCUGGAUGCCAGAUUUUCCCUUCAGUUAUAAUUAUGAAAAAAUUGUUCCCUCUCUGUUCCCACCUCCGUCUUGUGUGUUGUGUUUGCGACGCUAUGGUAGGACUCCAAGCCUCUGUGGGAAAUACACUUGAUGAUGAAAAUGCUCCUUGUGGCUUGCCAUAGUAAUACAGGUUUGUGCGUCGAGGGCUACAAAUGGUAACAAGCAUAUAUGUGCUUACAUCACAGCAGUCGGCCUAGAUGAUCACAACCAUUUCGUUCCCUCGUAAUGGUCUUUGAUUU